GUCAUGGAUACCAAGACUGUAAUCUCUCUCCUGAUUCUGUCUUUUAUGGGCAACUUUCCUGACAUAAUGCUGGCAGCAGAGCUGCGGUGUCAUUGCAUCCAGACUGUCAAAGGAUUAAUGUCACUGAAGCACCUGGCCAAUGUAGAAAUCAUUCCUAAGGGCCCACACUGCAACAUUGUGGAAAUCAUAGCAACACUGAAGAACAGCCAGCAAAUCUGUUUAGAUCCCCAGGCCAAAUGGGUGAAGGUGAUAAUCAACAAGAUUCUACACAGUUCAUCCAAGAAACGACAUCAGUAAAGGAAACCAAGGCACCCCUGCAAGCAAGAGAUAGCUGCACAGAAAUGCC